CAGAGCUGCGGGAGAACGAGGCGGCGGCGGCGGCGGCAGCGGCAGCGGCUUCCUCGGGGGGGGUUGUGAUUCGCUCACAGGAGCCAUUGACGGGAGAAGACGAGGCUUUUCUUCGUGGAAUUUACCUCAGGCAAGAUCGAGCGGCCGCAAUAAAAAAGAGAGAGAGAGAGAGGAGCGAAUCCGGGAGGGCUGGAAAGGGCAGCUCCCCGCACCUCCUCUCCGCCCGCCGUCUCGGGGAGCUCGGGGCCCUGCCUGCUGACCCUUCCCCUCCCCCGCUUCCUACUGCCCCUCAGCCCUCCGGCCGGGCCCUGGCAGAACCUCGCAGGAUUGUCCGGCGAAGGCUUGAAGGCUGUGUGGUUUUGUCCAUGGAGGCAGGCACCUUUUUCGAUUCAGUCGAGGAACGGGGUUUGUUGUUCUCGAAAUCCGAGUGAAGGAAGCACCGAAGCGAAACUUAAAAAGGAAUCCUGCCCUCCCGGAGCCACGGGCGAUGCGACUCGUGCGGCCGGGCGCCGCCGCCGCCCGCCCGGCUUCGCCCUUCGCGGCGGUCGGGAACUUGUUCUGAUCCUCAGCCCCGCCAUCGAAUCCCCGCUUUCCACCCCCCUGCACCCUGGAUAUGUUUUCUCCCAGACCUGGAUAUUUUUUUGACAUCGUGAAACUACGAGGGAAAUAACUGCUGGGCUUUCUUUCUCCCUGCUUCUCCACACGGACAUGCCUUCAGUUUGGGUGGCCGAGGCACCCCGUCCUAGGCGAAUGAACCUCUCCAGCCGCGAGGGAGAGAAAUGAAGGGAAUUUCUGCAGCGGAAUGAAAGCUCUGCAGCUAGGUCCUCUCAUCUGCCAUUUGUCCUUUCAAACUGCAUUGUAAUACCUACGGGCCGGACAAGUCAGACGAGAGCGAGGACCAGCCUCCCGGCCGUACCUCUCCGCCCGUGUUUACUUUCCGUAUUUCUUUGCUCUGCUGCUUCUCGGCUGGCCCAGGGAUGACUUCUUCGCUGCAGCGGCCCCGGUGGGUGCCGUCGCUCCUGUGGACCGUCCUGCUGGUCAGCACUGCGGCCGCUUCUCAGAACCAAGAACGUCUAUGUGCAUUUAAAGAUCCGUAUCAACAAGACCUUGGGAUAGGCGAGAGUCGAAUCUCUCAUGAAAAUGGAACAAUAUUAUGCUCAAAAGGUAGCACUUGCUAUGGCCUUUGGGAGAAAUCAAAAGGGGAUAUAAAUCUCGUAAAACAAGGAUGUUGGUCUCACAUUGGAGAUCCCCAGGAGUGUCACUAUGAAGAAUGUGUAGUAACUACUACCCCUCCCUCAAUUCAGAAUGGAACAUACCGUUUCUGCUGCUGUAGCACAGACUUGUGUAAUGUCAACUUUACUGAGAAUUUUCCACCUCCAGACACAACACCACUCAGUCCACCUCAUUCAUUUAACCGAGAUGAGACAAUAAUCAUUGCUUUGGCAUCAGUCUCUGUAUUAGCUGUUUUGAUAGUUGCCUUAUGCUUCGGAUACAGGAUGCUGACAGGAGACCGUAAACAAGGUCUUCACAGUAUGAACAUGAUGGAGGCAGCAGCAUCAGAACCCUCUCUUGACCUAGAUAAUCUGAAACUGUUGGAGCUGAUUGGCCGGGGUCGAUAUGGAGCAGUAUAUAAAGGUUCCUUAGAUGAGCGUCCAGUUGCUGUAAAAGUUUUUUCCUUUGCAAACCGUCAGAAUUUUAUCAAUGAGAAGAACAUUUACAGAGUGCCUUUGAUGGAACAUGACAACAUUGCUCGCUUUAUAGUAGGAGAUGAGAGAGUUACUGCAGAUGGACGCAUGGAGUAUUUGCUUGUGAUGGAGUAUUAUCCCAAUGGAUCUCUGUGCAAGUAUUUGAGUCUCCAUACAAGUGAUUGGGUCAGCUCUUGCCGUCUGGCUCAUUCUGUGACUAGGGGACUGGCUUAUCUUCAUACAGAAUUGCCACGAGGAGAUCAUUAUAAACCUGCAAUUUCCCAUCGAGAUUUAAACAGCAGAAAUGUCCUGGUGAAAAAUGAUGGAACCUGUGUUAUUAGUGACUUUGGAUUGUCCAUGAGGCUGACUGGAAAUAGACUGGUACGCCCAGGGGAAGAAGAUAAUGCAGCCAUAAGUGAGGUUGGCACAAUCAGAUAUAUGGCACCAGAAGUUCUAGAAGGAGCUGUGAACCUGAGGGACUGUGAAUCAGCUUUGAAACAAGUGGACAUGUACGCACUUGGGCUCAUUUAUUGGGAGAUAUUUAUGAGAUGUACAGACCUCUUCCCAGGUGAAUCUGUACCAGAAUACCAGAUGGCUUUUCAGACAGAAGUUGGAAACCAUCCCACUUUUGAAGAUAUGCAGGUUCUGGUAUCUAGGGAAAAACAGAGACCCAAGUUCCCAGAAGCUUGGAAAGAAAAUAGCCUGGCAGUGAGGUCACUCAAGGAGACAAUCGAAGACUGUUGGGACCAGGAUGCAGAGGCUCGGCUUACUGCGCAGUGUGCGGAGGAACGGAUGGCUGAACUUAUGAUGAUAUGGGAAAGAAACAAAUCUGUGAGCCCAACAGUCAAUCCCAUGUCUACUGCUAUGCAGAAUGAGCGCAACCUUUCCCACAAUAGGCGUGUGCCAAAGAUUGGCCCUUAUCCAGAUUAUUCUUCUUCCUCAUACAUUGAAGACUCUAUCCAUCAUACUGACAGCAUUGUGAAGAAUAUUUCCUCUGAACAUUCGAUGUCUAGCACACCUUUGACUAUAGGGGAAAAGAACCGAAACUCAAUUAACUAUGAACGGCAGCAAGCACAAGCUCGAAUUCCCAGCCCUGAAACAAGCGUCACCAGCCUGUCCACCAACACAACAACCACAAACACCACUGGCCUCACUCCAAGCACUGGCAUGACCACUAUAUCUGAGAUGCCAUACUCAGAUGAAACAAAUCUGCAUGCCGCAAAUGUUUCACAGCCAAUUGGGCCAACCCCUGUCUGCUUACAACUUACAGAAGAAGACUUGGAGACCAACAAGCUGGACCCAAAAGAAGUUGAUAAGAACCUCAAGGAAAGUUCUGAUGAGAAUCUCAUGGAGCAUUCUCUUAAACAGUUCAGUGGACCAGACCCACUGAGCAGCACCAGUUCUAGCUUGCUUUACCCACUCAUAAAACUUGCAGUAGAAGUGACUGGACAGCAGGACUUCACACAAGCUGCAAAUGGCCAAGCAUGUUUAAUUCCUGAUGUUCCACCCACUCAGAUCUAUCCUCUCCCCAAGCAACAAAACCUUCCUAAGAGACCUACUAGUUUGCCUUUAAACACCAAAAAUUCAACAAAGGAGCCCCGGCUGAAAUUUGGCAGCAAGCACAAAUCAAACUUGAAACAAGUAGAAACUGGAGUUGCCAAGAUGAAUACAAUCAAUGCUGCAGAACCUCAUGUGGUGACGGUCACCAUGAAUGGUGUGGCAGGUAGAAACCACAGUGUUAACUCCCAUACUGCCACUACCCAGUAUGUUAAUGGGGCAGUACCAUCUGGCCAGACAGCCAACACAGUGGCACACAGGGGCCAAGAAAUGUUGCAGAAUCAAUUCAUUGGUGAGGAUACCCGACUGAAUAUUAAUUCCAGUCCUGAUGAGCAUGAACCUUUACUGAGACGAGAGCAACAGGCUGGCCAUGAUGAAGGUGUUCUAGAUCGUCUUGUGGACAGGAGGGAACGGCCACUGGAAGGUGGCCGAACUAAUUCCAAUAACAACAACAGUAAUCCGUGUUCAGAGCAAGAUGUUCUUACACAGGGUGUUCCAAGCACAGUAGCAGAUCCUGGACCAUCAAAACCCAGAAAAGCACAGAGGCCUAAUUCUCUGGAUCUUUCAGCCACAAAUAUCCUUGAUGGCAGCGGUUUGCAGUUAGGUGAGUCAACACAAGAUGGCAAAUCAGGAUCUGGUGAAAAGAUUAAGAAACGUGUGAAAACUCCCUAUUCUCUUAAGCGGUGGCGCCCCUCCACCUGGGUCAUCUCCACUGAACCACUGGACUGUGAGGUCAACAACAAUGGCAGUGACAGGGCAGUUCAUUCCAAAUCCAGCACCGCAGUUUACCUUGCAGAAGGAGGCACUGCCACAACCAUGGUCUCUAAAGAUAUAGGAAUGAACUGUCUGUGAAAUAUUUUCAAGCCUAUGGAGUGAAAUUAUUUUUUGCAUCAUUUAAACGUGCAGAAGACAUUUAAAAAAAACUGCUUUAUCUUCCUGUCAGUACCCUCUCCCACCCCUGCAACAGGACUUGCUUUAAAUAGAUUUCAGCUAUGCAGAAAAAUUUAGCUUAUGCUUCCAUUAUUUUUUAAUUUUGUUUUUUUUUUUUAAGUUUUGCACUUUUGUUUAGUCUCAUUAAAGUUAUAUUUGUCUGUUAUGACCACAGAAUUAUAUGUGUGUGUAUCAAAAGUGGUCUCAAAAUAUUUUUUUAAGAAAAAAAGCAAAAACAAUGUAUUGCUGAUAAUCAGUUUGGACCAGUUUCUAAAGGUCAUUAAAACAGAAGCAAGACAGGUUUGACUGCAGUGGUGUCUGGUAUCCAUGUUUUAUUUCUGGGCACAAGCUAGUUUAUAUGUUGAACUGUUCCUGAACAUAUUAUCUGUUGGACAUUCUUUUCUCUUGUGUUUUGUUUGAACGUGCAAUAGUCUAUAGUCCACAAAUAAGCUUUCUUGUAAGCUCUCUUCCUAACAGAGCACACAUUCUUCCAUAAUAAGUACAUUUUUCUGCCCCAACCCCCAUACUUUUGGCAGGUCAGUUCUAUGGCAGUGAUUUUUGCACAAGAGAAAGCAGCUACCUGAUUUCUUGCUUUUCUCUCUCCUUAUGGAGAAUGCAGAAACAUUGUCUCAAAGGGCUCUAAAGAAGGAACUACCAAAACCUAAUUUGAAAUGCCAUUUCUUUUAACCUUCCAAGUCCUAAAUGUUUCUUUCCAGGCAUUUUAAUAAACGUAUUUGGUUCUGGUUUUUGGAUGUUCAUAAGAGAGCAUAGAACAAAGUAGAUGAAGUCAAGUAUUAGCCUUUCUUCCUUUUAUUUUAUUUUUAUAUGUAUGUUCAUGUUCCAUAUUCAUUUAUUUAAGAAGCACAUUUUUAUCAGAAAACUUAGAGAGCUAUACUUAUAUGGAAUUUUUAAGUAGGUAGAUGGUUAAGACUAUAUAGUGUUAUAGCCUUCAUUCUCUGAAUAGGCCAUCUUUGACUCAAAUAAAAUUACAUUUCCUAUUUAAAAUAACUUCAAAAGUAAUUCAUAGUUUUGAACCAGUAGUAACUUCUUAUUCUCUUCCCAAGCAACGCCUGGUGACUUUAUCUGAAAAUGAGUCCUCUUCCCAUGACCUAAAACACUGUGUGGAAAAAUCAAUUCAUUUGGCAUGCCAAAUCCCUGUGGAAGGAAAGAUUGCUGCCAAACCUAUCAUUUUUGAGCAGACUGAGGCUUACCUCUCUUUUUUCAAAACUGUUUCUUCACUAAUCCUAUUUUCAUAAUUUCUCUUUUUACAAGCUUUUCAUAUGAUCUUUGAUAUGUGAGUAGCGUUUAUUAUUUACAUUAUAUUAGAAUAUACCUUUUAGUGAUAACAUGUUAUGUAUCCUUCAAGUCAUAUUGUUUUUUUUAAAAAGCUUCCUUUGCUUCUUUCCUUACUGAUAGUUAUCUCUAAACAGCAACCUCAGCAUGUUUUUUUAAAUAAAGCACUUUAUGUCAAAUAAGGGACUUUUUUUAUAAGCACAAAUUAUUUUCUAUCAGUUUGCAAACAGUGAUGAUCUCACUUAAUUUUUUCCAGAUUCUCAGAGUACUUAGUAGAUGUUAUUUAACUAAGUUCUAAGAUUUCUCUGGAAAAUAAAAAGCUAAGAGAAAAACACAAAUGCCCAUAUUCUUACUUUUAGGUUUUUAUCUCCUGAACAAUAUUUUCUCACUCAUAUUCCUCUAUCUUCAUCAUUUAGCUAAAGAUAACAUAAAUGUCCCCAUUUGCUGUCCAAAAUAUUUAUAAUUUACUAUAUAAACCUUUUUUUUUUUUGUCAUCUGCUAUAAUCCUGUAAGUUAGAUGUUACAACACUUCACAUUUAUUCUGAUGGAUGGCUGAACACAGUUUUGAAUUUUUAGAAUUAAGAUUAUUUUUCUAGGGUGCCUGGGUGGCUCAGUCGUUAAGCGUCUGCCUUCGGCUCGGGUCAU